GGUGACCAAUAUGAACAAUAACACAUAAAAUUUUUUUAUUUUAAUGACAUCACCUGGCAAGGGAGGCUCUUAUCUCUAUGACAUACACUUUUGGAUUGGAAAAGAUACAAGUCAGGAUGAAGCUGGCACGGCUGCUAUUAAAACUGUGGAACUUGAUGCAGCUCUUGGAGGGCGGGCUGUCCAGCACAGGGAACUUCAAGGCCAUGAAUCUGAUAAGUUCUUGUCAUACUUCAAGCCUUGUAUUAUGCCGUUGGAGGGUGGUGUUGCAUCUGGAUUUAAAAAACCUGAAGUGGAAGAGUUUGAAACCCAGUUGUACAUCUGUAAAGGAAAGCGGGUUGUUAGGUUGAAGCAGGUUCCUUUUGCCCGGUCUUCGCUAAAUCAUGAUGAUGUGUUUAUACUAGACACCAAGAAUAAGAUUUAUCAGUUCAAUGGUGUGAACUCUAAUAUUCAGGAAAGGGCAAAGGCUUUGGAAGUAAUUCAGUUUCUAAAAGAAACAUAUCAUGAAGGAAAGUGUGAUGUUGCUAUUGUUGAUGAUGGGAAGCUAGAUACUGAAUCGGAAUCUGGUGAGUUCUGGGUCCUCUUUGGUGGUUUUGCUCCAAUUGCGAAGAAGGUUGCCAAUGAAGAUGACAUUGUUCCAGAGAGAACUCCGGCUACACUUUAUAGCAUAUCUAAUGGGGAGCUGCAGAUAGUAGAAGGGGAAUUAUCUAAAGGCAUGUUGGAAAACAGUAAAUGCUAUCUACUGGACUGUGGUGCUGAGGUAUUUGUUUGGGUUGGCCGGGGAACACAGGUGGAGGAGAGAAAAGCUGCCAGUCAAGCUGCUGAGGAAUUUGUUGCUAGCCAGAAUAGACCAAAAUCAACACAUAUAACCCGUGUUAUCCAAGGUUAUGAGACACGUGCAUUCAAGUCCAACUUUGAUUCAUGGCCAGCAGGGUCUGCAACUUCUGGUGCUGAGGAGGGAAGAGGAAAAGUAGCAGCUUUGCUGAAGCAGCAAGGGGCUGGUGUCAAAAGCAUGAGCAAGAGUAUCCCUGUAAAUGAGGAAGUACCACCUUUGCUUGAAGGAGGUGGAAAAAUUGAGGUAUGGCGCAUUGAUGAUGGUGCCAAGAGCCCACUGCCUAAAGAGGAUAUUGGUAAAUUUUAUAGUGGAGAUUGCUACAUUGUGCUCUAUACCUACCACUCAAGUGAUAGGAAAGAAGAUCACUUUUUGUGCUAUUGGAUUGGAAAGGAUAGCAUUGAGGAGGAUCAAAAGAUGGCUGCUCAGUUGGCUAACAUAAUGUCCAACACCCUAAAGGGGAGGCCUGUUCUGGGUCGCAUAUUUGAUGGUAAAGAACCACCACAAUUCAUUGCUCUCUUUCAACCUAUGGUGGUCUUUAAGGGUGGCUUGAGCUCUGGUUACAAGACGACCAUAGCAGAUAAAGGUUUGAUGGAUGAAACUUAUGCAACGGAUUGUGUUGCCCUCAUUCGGAUUUCAGGAACAUUAGCUCAUAACGAUAAAGCAUUGCAAGUUGAUCCAGUAGCAACAUCAUUGAACUCUUCAGAGUGUUUUCUUCUGCAAUCUGGCUCUUCAAUGUUCCUUUGGCUUGGAAAUCAAAGCAGUUACGAGCAGCAGCAGAUCGCUACAAAAGUUGCUGAAUUUUUGAAGCCAGGAGUAACUCUGAAACAUGCUAAAGAAGGAACAGAGAGCUCUUCCUUUUGGUUUGCACUUGGAGGGAAACAGAAUUAUACAAGCAAAAAGGUCACCAAUGAGGUUGUUAGGGAUCCCCACCUGUUCACAUUCUCAUUCAAUAGAGGAAGGUUUGAGGUUGAGGAAGUUUAUAACUUUACUCAAGAUGAUCUCUUGACUGAGGAUAUUUUGAUACUUGACACUCAUGAAGAAGUGUUUGUUUGGAUUGGUCAGUCAGUAGAUGCCAAAGAGAAACAAAAUGCUUUUGAAAUUGGCCAGGUACCUGGAAACUCAUUUCAGAAGAAGGUAACAUUACUCUUCGGUGCCAGCCAUGCUGUAGAGGACAAGUCCAAUGGGAACCAAGGGGGUCACACUCAAAGGGCUUCAGCAUUAGCUGCCUUGUCUUCUGCAUUUAAUCCAGCUUCCACAAAAUCAACCUCCAAGGUUCAGGACAAAUCCAAUGGAAAUCAAGGACCAACCCAAAGAGCUUCAGCUUUAGCUGCUUUGUCUUCAGCAUUUGGUACUCCAGCAGCAGUAAAACCCACUCCUCCUCCUCCUCCCUCACGGUCAGCUGGUCAGGGAUCGCAAAGAGCAGCAGCAGUAGCUGCCCUUUCAUCUGUUCUUACUGCUGAAAAGAAGAAAUCUCCUGAUGUCUCCCCUUCCAGAUCACUGAACGGCAGCCCCCUUGCAGUAGCUACCCCAGCUGCCCCUUCUGAAGCUGAGGAUUCUCAAGAGGCUGAUGAAGGCAAGGAGACAGAGGAAGUUGCCCUUGAAUCUGGAAUAUCCACUGGGGGGGAUUCCGAACAAAAGCCAGAGACACAGCAGGAUGAGAAUGACGGUGGAGGCAUUCAAACCACAUUCAGCUAUGAGCAACUGAGGGCCAAAUCUGGGAAUCCAGUAACUGGAAUUGAUUUUAAACGCAGGGAGGCAUAUCUGUCAGCAGAGGGGUUUGAGACAAUAUUUGGGAUGACAAAAGAUGCAUUCUAUAACCUACCAAAAUGGAAACAAGACUUAUUGAAGAAGAAAUUUGAUUUGUUCUAGAACCUGGGCUCAUUGUUACCUGCUUCUUCUGCAAAUCUGACCGCCAAUCCCUCAUUUAAGUUCUCCAUGCCUGGAACUCGUCUUUACAUUGGUACACACCAUUCAUAUUGCCAUGGUCGAUUUGCCUUUUUGAUGAACAUGGCUAGCUUUCAUUAAUAUCGGAGUUUGAUUUUGAUGCAUCAUGACAUGAAGAGUGAUUGUGCAUUUCUUUCAUCUGGCAUUGAUCACAUUAUUUUGUAGUUGCAAAGACAGGAAAGACAGGAAGGGAGAUGAAAAUUCUUUUAUUUGGUUGGUAAUUUGGCAUGUAUCCUUCAUCUUAUCGUUAUUUCAUGUUCUGAUUUUGUUAAAAGAAGAUGGUGUAUAUUGUAUUUGCAUUUUGUAUUGAACAUUUGAACUCCCACAUAAGUAAUGGAAAAUAUGUUGUUUGCGCAAUUUAUAUGCUAUCCA